AUGGCUGACAUCCCAAAGUACACAGAGCUCUACUCACUACAUUCACUACAUCACUCUGAGCAAGGUCCAGACUCGGUGAACGCAACACCAAGAAGGCCUUGGCAGCCAGGCUUCUUCAAACGCCUGCCAUGGACCGGUGUACUCUCAAUCAUCCUCGCGCUGGGCUGCGGGAUAGCUGCUAUAUCCCUGGGGUUGAAGAUUGAUGGCAAGCGGUUUGACUACUGGACCGUUGGCGGAUAUGUAGUCCAGCCGGCUGUGUUACUCUCCGUCCUUGCUACGGUGGCCAAUGCCUUGCUGGUCUUUGCCUUUGCAAAAGGUGCUACGAUACACUGGUGGCACAGUGCUGUUCGCGGAGCGACCUUGGAGCAACUGCACUCCUCAUGGGCUUUUGGCAGUGAUUGGACGGCUAUCUUCACCUCUGUGGCCGCUUUCAAUACCGUCGCUCUGGCCGCCGUGUUUAUGCCUAUCUUGCUUGCGGAUGGACCCUUGUUACAGCGAGCUGUGGUCGUUGUUACGACACCCAACGUCACGCACACGAACCAAACAAUUCCACUGUCUCCGAGCCCAUUCCUUUCUGGUGGCACGGCUUUUUUCAUCGACCACGCAGCCGAGCCAUCUUUGUAUCACCCUCUGUUUGCAAAGGUGGUUCAGCAAUACACGGCUCGUGAACCAAUUUUGGUCCCGACAGGCCUGUGCAACGGCAACUGCGAGCUGGAGGUAUCUGCGCCAGGCUGGGACAUUGAGUGUGACAGUUCCGCUACCCAACACGAAUUGGCCACAUAUGACGAUUUGACGGAAUAUCUGAAAAAUACAGAUAGCAACUAUACCGAGUACCGGAACUCGACCUACCGUGGUCCAGAGGUCGACCAGAUCGUCUUCAACGUUGAGCUGACAUAUGGUUAUGACUACCCCGCCAAUUACGAAGAUGGUGUCAACUUUGCGAUAGAUCUAGAGACAAGAUACAAGAGUACACCCGGUGGGAACUACACACUCUCCCGCCAUUCGUGCACACUCCACGAGGCCAUCAUCAAGUAUCCGCUGGUCCUCCAGAACGAAACGGUGACCUUGGCACCAAUGCCUCUGUCCGACGGUCGAACAGUGGAGCGAGUCUAUCGCGGUCCCGAGUCAGGCUCAAUAGGAACAUACGAGACACUACUGAUCUUUAAUGUCGAUGGGCAGAUUCUCAUGGCGAACGAGAUUGCUUUCCGCACUGCAUACGCCCAGACAUCCAUGACACCAUCAGGGGAUAGCUCUGUCAAUCUCACAGCCACUCAAUCAUACAUUCUCAAGCCAAACCUGACAGGCAUCGACCGGCCUCUGGUGCAACGUGCUGUUGUUACCGACAAAAGUACCCAGACCGUCUACCAAACGCAACCCGGCUGGCUUGCCGGCGGCUUCGUCGUCAUAUGCCUCGCUUGUCUAUUCAUUGCGCCUACCUACUGGGGCUUCUGGCGCUUAGGGAGAGAGGUCUCCAUGAGCCCGAUUGAGAUCGGUCGAGCCUUUGAUGCUGCUGUCAUGCAGAAUGCCGACCCGAAUGCGACCGGUCAGGACUUGAAGAAGUAUCUCGGCGACAGGAAGGUGAAUCUCGCGCCCGCUGCCAUCCAACGUUCGCGCAGCACGAUGUCUUUGGGUGGGCAGCCGGAGGAGUCGUCGGGUAUUAUUCGAUGA